AUGGCAUCCAUAAAAUCUCUUCCUAUCUUUUACGAAUGUAGCAACUACUUCAUUGUGAAUAAGCCUUAUGGAAUGUUCUCUCAGCCUGGUGACCUUAAUGCCUGGUUCAGACAUUAUCCUCACAGACACAGGCCACCGGUUGUUUUAGAUCAAUUAAUACAAGAACGUGGUUCAUCAGAUAAGUUUGCGUCAGAAUGGAGAACGGUGCAUCGUCUUGAUGCUUGCGUUACCGGAGGAAUGCUCAUAGCCAGAAAUAAGAAUGCUGCGAUUCAAUUCAGUAAGAACUUGAGGAAGGGCGGUUAUAAAGGUUUCAAACUGACAAGAAGAUAUGUGGCGCUGGUAAAUGGAAAAAUUGCUGAAAAGUAUUUGCCAGAUGAGGGAUUGAUAUCUUGCCUUGGCAUGACCUCCAAAUAUAAGAGGUUCGACGAAAACUGUAUGGUUUUGGAGUUGGUAACUGGAGGAAAGCGUCAAAUUAGAAGACAUAUGUCAGAAGCAGUUGGAACCCCGAUUCUCAAUGAUGCUAAAUUCGGUGGAUUACAGAUAGUUGAGGCAAAUCCAGAGCAGAUUGCAUUGCACUCUGCCUCGAUUCACACCAUGAUAGGAUUACAAACAAGAAAGCAUCUGAUACCGAUGAUUUAUAACAAUAAUGGGGUCCUUUGGGAUUCGAAGUAUCUUCAUAAAGAUGGAACUUUCAUUGAAGAAAUCCGAAAAGUUUUAUUGGAAGAAUGGAAUAGUAUCUGA